AUGAUUCUUUCUCACUUAUUUCAGUAGUACUAAAAGAUAUAGGACAAGCUAUCGUUGAAAGUCCCUUAUUGCAAUCAUUUUAAACUAGCUAAAAUAUUUAAAAUAAGCGAGAUUAAUUAGGAGGAUAGUUUAAAAAUUGACUACUAUUAUGAUGGUCUCAAUGGAGAAUAGGUGAAAAUAAUAAUGAAGGAGCCUGAGGGGAAACAAGAUGGUUUUAUCAAUGACUUCAAACUUGAAUAAUAAGACGUGUUGAUGGCAAAAUAAGUGUUACAAUGUCUAAUCGAAACAUUUCAUUGGACUGCUAAUUUUGGGCAGUUUUUGGAUCCUACAAAGGAAAAUUUAAUUUAUCAUAAGGAAUAAGAUUUCUUUUUGUUAAUUCCAAACUUUAAAUUGAUCACCAAAUAUCUUCUUAAAGAUAAGUUAGAGUUUAAUUGGGAGAAGUUUGUGAAUUACAGACUCUAAAUGUAUUAAAAUGCGACUUAUAAAUUUUUUUAGGAAUUUUUGGACACUUUCUUAAAUUUUGUGAAGGAACAAGAUGAUGACAAACAAUUUUACAAAAAAUAAUUUGCGAUUUUACCGAGGAAUAUUCAGAAUAUCGAAGAAAUAUUAGAGAUUAAUGAUUAUUAUGCUGGAGUUGAUAGUUUGUAUUCAGAGGAUUCAGUCAAAAAGAAGUCAUGGCGAUAUAGUUUUAAAUAGAGCAUGAUCCUGUAUUAAUUAGACUCGAACAAAGACCUUCGUGAUUUAUUUUUAGAGAAGAAACGAAUUGAUUAGGAACAAUUUCGGAUUGGGAAACAAUAGCCUAAUAUUACAACUUAGACUGAGAAUUUGCUUGCAUUUUUAAGGGCUUUGUCAGAUAUAGAGUCAGAGAGUCAUGAUGUGUUGACUAGUUUUGCGUUGAAGAUCAAAUCUUAUUUGGAUACCAGAGAGGAAUUAAGAUUCAAAGAAAAUCGAGUGGCUGCUGUUUUCAGACCUAAUUACAAACAUGUUGUGAGUAGAAAUAAGAUGAUAGAUAUUGCGAAGUAAUAACAACAAGACAAAUCAAAAAUUGAUAAAUAGAAAAUUGAUAUUGAGUAAAACAAUGGGAAUUUUGAUUUUGUAUGGUAAUCCGACAUAAAUUCUUUGAACAUCAUUUCCUAAUUUAUUCAAUCAGGUAGAAAUGGAGGGGACGCUCAAAGCUCGAUGAAAAUGGGUGCUGAUGGUAAACAAUUGAUUUUAAAAUACAAAUUCGAAUUAUUGGAGCAAAAGAAUUGCUACAUUGUGAGAACUUUGAUUCCAGAAAUCCUGUUUACAAUAGAAACUGCAGAUGACAUAAUGUUCUUAGUGAAUGUUCUUUAGAAGGAACAAGGUUAGACGAAUUUGUAUGUAGAUGACAACAGAAGGCUUAUGCUAUAUUCAUCCAUAGUUAUGGGGUAAAAAAUAGAGAUACUUAGUGCCAUAGUGAAGAUUAUAGACAUACAUCAGAUCUAUUUUUAUUUGAUUCUGGAAUUCUAUGCUAAGAACAUAGCAGUAGGUAGAUGUGUCCGAGAGUUGAAAUACCAACAUUUUGUAAGGGAGUUGUUGCAUUAUGUGCAAGAUUAUGAGAAUGAUUUUGAGAGUCAGAUGAAAAACAUAAUGAGUGAUAAGAUAUAAAUUGGAUUUUGAAGUUCAAUACCUAUUAAAUAAUUGAAUUUUACAUUAUUAUUAUUUAUAAAAA